AUGGCAGCCCUUGACAUCAUGACACAGACGGCAGUCAAGCCCGCUGUGGCAUCCAUCUCAUUGGGUGAAGGUGGCACGAACCAGGUACUGGAGGACGCCGUCGUAAGCACCAUGGAUAAAGGAUUCACGGUAGCAGUGGCUGCCGGGAAUUCGAACAUCGACGCCUGCCAGGAUUACCCUGCAAACUUCAAACGGGUCAUAACCGUCGGUGCAUCAACAAAAACUGACACUCGCUGGUACUACUCCAACCAUGGUAGUUGUGUAGAUAUCUUCGCCCCUGGCAAGGAUAUCACCGGGGCGUAUAUUGGCAGCGAUUACAAGGUAGAAACAAUGAGUGGCACCUCUGAAGCCACGCCUAUCGUUGCAGGUAACAAUUUGGCUGCUGCUAUUCUUCUGUCGACACAGAAAGAUUUGACCCAUGAUCAAGUGAAAGCCAAGCUCCUCAGCAAUGCCACACCGAAUGUGCUUCAGACACCGCUGCCGGCAGGAUCACCUAACCUACUGCUCUAUGUGUAA